UUUUGUUACGGCCUACACACAGAGGAACAAAAGGUGCGUCGAUUACUGCAAGAAGUUAAUAAUGUGACGUCGCAUGUUCCUGGAUCUGGUGCAGCACGCGCUGUAAUGUGCAAUCAAAUCAGAGGCUUAAUGUUUGAUAAAGGUUUGCCUAACUUUUAUAUUACAAUCAAUCCUGCAGAUGUGUAUAAUCCUAUUGUCAAAUUCUUGGCAGGCAGUGAGAUAGAUAUUGAUGACAUGUUGCCAAACGAGGUACCCGAAUAUUGGCAACAGUCCAUCUUGGUCACUCAUAAUCCGAUAGUAGCUGCAAGGUUUUUUAAUUUGUAUAUCAAGUCGUUUCUUAGUGCAUUUUGGGUUAUGAUAAGUUGA